AUAGAAACAAAAAGAAAAAUAAAGUUCCUAUUUAAAAAUCUCAGAUUCGAGUCAUACAGCUCACUAAUAAUUUCCUUCCCUUUUUUCACCCACUCUCUCUCUCUCUUUCGUUUUCUCUUUGUCCUUCUCUGUGUAUUCAAGUCUGUGACCAUGCAAAGACAAUCGCUGGGGGGCUCACCGGGCUCCAAGCUCCACCAGGCCCAUGGCGGAGCCAAGGAACAGGCUCUGCUCCUAGACGAUGCUCCCAACCGCAGUAACAAGGACCUUUUAGUCUUUUCCACCUCCACCUCCUCUUCAAUCUCCGCAGACGACGACCACAAAGCAUCAAAGCCUCACCGCCUGUCAUCACCGCCCCCCACCGCUCCACACAAAUCCAUUCACGUCAUCCCCGUCCUUACCCUCCUCUGCUUCCUCAUCCUCUUCCUCUUCUCCCACAGCCCCUCCCAAUCAGAUUUGGCUCAGUUCAAUGGCUUUACGAAACUACCAGGGAAAAAGCGCGCAGACGCCACCGACAACCAAAUCGGCAACUUGAGCCGAUUUAUUGAUAUCCGGAAGAGCGAUGUUUUGGCGAUCCGCAGCCUCAGGAACUUGCAGGACACCCAAGGAACCCGAAAACUCCCUCCGAGAUCUCGCUCCCACCGGAAAAUAGCCGAUUUUUAAGCCGCAUUCCCUGCUUCUCUUCUCUUCUCUACUCUACUCUACUAUGUCCUCAUCGGCUCUCGGUGAAAGAACUCGCACGCGCGUCACCGUCAGCUUUUUUUUCGCACGUGUAAAUUCAACUGCUGAGCAAGCUUUUUUAUUUUUAUUUGUUUAAAUUUAUUUUAAUUUUUUGUGUAAACAUAUUACUUGAGCGCUUCAGUCGCUUAGAGAAAGAUUUCGAACAGCGAAAUAACGUAAUUCUUACA